UUCAUUUAUAUUUUCUUAUUUCUAACAAUGAGAAAAAAACAUAUAUUUAAAUUACAUAAUAUAUCAAAGGCGGGGAUAGCUGUCGUGGGAGAGCGUCAGGCGUGUUCGAAUAUAAUAGGCAAGCAAGUAGCGACUCUCUCUUCGUUCUUCUCCGAUGGAUAUUAUGGCGGAGAAGCCUCGAAAUGCGUCAAUUCUCGAGCAAUUGCAACUAGGAAUUGCUCGGUUUGAGUUCUCAUCUUCUCCUGUAAGUUCAAUUUCACCUUCGAACUCAGUUGCUUCUUCUUUCCCUUUGUCUAUGAAUCGUGGUCAUCCACUCUUUGCUAAAAUUGGACCCGUGCUGGGGAUUGAAUCGCCUGCAUUGAGGAAAGCUGAGCAAUACAAAGUCCAAAAAGUUACUGGAGAUGGACGCUGCCUUUUCCGUGCGCUUGCUAAAGGAAUGGCUUUCAACAGGGGGAUUCCUCUUCGUCCAUUUGAGGAGAAAAAUGAUGCAGAUGAUUUACGCAUGGCUGUGAAAGAAGUCAUUUGUGACAAUGGCAAAGAAAGACGGCAGUAUGAAGAAGCCCUUAUAGCAAUUACUGUGGAGGAGCCAUUAGAACGCUAUUGCCAACGAAUUCGGACACCUGAUUUCUGGGGUGGAGAGUCAGAGCUAUUGGUAUUGUCAAAGCUCUGCAAGCAACCUAUCAUUGUCUACAUACCAGGGCAUGAGCACAAAAUGGGUUGUCGGGGCCAUAGCUUUAUUCCCAUUGCAGAAUAUGGAGCUGAGUUCAAGGGAGGAAAGCCCAAGAAACCUGUGAGGUUGCUUUACAGCGGUAGAAACCACUACGAUCUACUUGUUUGAGAAUCUUAUCUGAAGGCCAUCCCAUUCCCAUCUUGUUUUUUCGAGUUUCGAGUAAAAAUGAGGCCAUAGAUUUGAAUCAAAGACGACUUGAUUUUUAACAUAUACAAACGUCAAUCGAGUCUUGCCGAUGUUGCUAAUGCUAUCUAAGCAUAACAAAAGAAAUUGAGGCAUGCUUGACAGGGUACAAUUAGCACAUCAACAAUGGUAGGAGAAGCUCAACAACACAACAACCGAAGCUCUCUUAUGGGCAAUCAAUUGCUUGUAGAAUGCCAAGGCGUCGCCCUUUUUGUUUGUAAAAGCUGUUGCAUUUAGUUUUAAUAAGUAUUGUAUUUCGUGAGGAUUGAUGGGGAGAGUAAGGCACUUUACAUAUAAAUAAUUGGAGAAAGGACACUUUUAAAA